AUGACUUCAGUCGAUCACCUGCACGCACCACCUAGUUCCACGUCCCAAGAUAUCAAAAUAAUCAAAAAGGUAUUAAAUGGUUACGUUGGUUUUGCAAACUUGCCCAAACAAUGGCAUAGAAGAUCUCUCAGGAGAGGCUUCACUUUCAACAUUAUGGCUGUUGGUGAAUCUGGAUUAGGAAAGGCAACAUUGAUUAACACUCUUUUCAACCGUGAUGUCAUGCACAAGAGUGGUAAUAAGUUAAACAACCUUGACGAAGAUCAAGAAGAUGACUUUGAAGAUGCUGAAACUGAGCCACUGGAGAAGGAAGGAGAAGUCGGUGUUAAUAUCAAGAGUACGGAAGCAGAAAUUGAAGAAGAUGGAGUAAAGUUGAAAGUUAGUGUUAUUACUGCACCAGGAUUUGGUGAAGCAUUAAACAACAUUGAUUCAUGGAAGCCAAUUGUUGAUGAGAUAAAUAAUCGAUUCGAUUCGUACUUGGAGGCUGAGUCACGUAUCAAUAGAUCAACUGUUGUUGAUAAUAGAGUACAUGCAUUUUUGUACUUUAUUGAACCAACUGGCCAUUCAUUGAGAAGUUUGGAUAUUGCCUUGAUGAAGCAAGUUCAUGAAAAGGUUAACUUGAUUCCAAUAAUUUCCAAGUCUGACACAUUGACUGAUGAAGAAGUUCAUGAAUUCAAACGUGCCAUUUUAGCUGAUAUCGACCACCAUGGAAUCAAAAUCUUCUCUCCUAGUGUAUCGGAAAAUGAAGAUGAAGAAGUGGUUGCCAACACCAAACACUUGAUUGAGACUUUCCCAUUUGCAGUUAUUGGAUCAACAAAUGAGGUUCAAACUGGUGAUGGGAGAUUGGUCAGAGGAAGAAGAUAUCCAUGGGGUGUUAUUGAAGUUGAUAAUGAAGAUCACAAUGAUUUUGUUAAAUUGCGUCAAUUGUUGGUGAGAAAUUUCUUGGAAGAAUUGAAAGAAACAACGGCAAACGUAUUGUAUGAACAUUAUCGUACUGAGAAAUUGAGAAAAAUGGGUAUUGAACAAGAUAAUGCCGUGUUUAAAGAAUUUGAUCCUGCCACCAAGCAAGAAGAAGAAAGAGCUCUACAUGAAGCUAAGUUGGCUAAAAUGGAACAAGAAAUGAAGGCAGUUUUCCAACAAAAGGUAAGUGAGAAGGAAAAGAAAUUGCAAAGAUCAGAAGCUGAUUUAUUUGCUAGACAUAAAGAAAUGAAGGAUAAAUUAACCAAACAAAUUAAAUUAUUGGAAGAUAAAAAGGUCCAGUUGGAAAAACAGAAAUUGUUGCCACAAGAACCAUCACCACAACCUGCCCCACAAAAGAGUCGUAAAGGUUUCUUACGUUAG